GUUUGCGCGAGCCUUCUUUUUUUUGUUCGCUACAUCAAGAGAGAGCGUCGAUCUUCUCUUUGAUCGAUUGAGAUGGUGGACGAGGCGACAGCGCUUUUGCCGCGAUCAUCGUUGCUGCCAGGAGGAGGAGAAGGAGCGUCGGUGAGGAAGACGUUUGCCAACAUUAUCAUCUCGAUUCUAGGGUCGGGUGUGUUGGGGCUUCCAUUCACUUACAGGGUCAGCGGAUGGGCGGUUGCUGCUACCUCGAUCACCCUUGCGGGAGGUCUCUCCUAUUACUGUAUGAUCUUACUGGUAAAGUGCCGGGACAAGCUUUCCAGCAAUGGCGGCCACCACUUCAUCCAAACAUACCCGGACCUGGGAUACCACACCUUCGGCAACCUCGGCCGCCAAGUCAUCGAGGUGACGCUCCUCAUCUCCCAGGCCGGCUGCUGCGUCGCAUAUCUCAUCUUCAUCGGCCACAACUUGUCCUCCGUCUUCUUCCCGGACUCCAAGUACGCGCUGGUAAUCGCCAUCCUCGUCCCCCUGGAGAUCGUCCUCGCCUGGGUGCGCUCCCUCGCGUCCCUGGCGCCCUUCAGCAUCUUCGCAAACGUCUGCAACGUCCUCGCCAUGGCCAUCGUCAUCAAGGAGGACCUGGGCCGCCUCCACAGCACCGGAGAAAAGAUGGCGACCUUCAAAGGGUGGCAGUCGGUCCCCUUCGCGCUCGGGGUGUGCAUCUACUGCUACGAGGGCUUCGGCAUGACGCUCUCGCUACAGGCAUCCAUGAGGAAGCCACACAAGUUCGCCAGGGUUCUCGGCCUCGCGUUUGGAUUGAUCACGACGGUCUACCUGGUGUUUGGACUCGCCGGGUACGCGGCCUUUGGCGAGGAGACGCUGGACAUCGUGACGCUCAACCUGGGGAACCGCGACUGGUCGACCAAGCUCGUCAAGCUCGGCCUCUCCAUCGCGCUCUUCUUCACGUUCCCGGUGAUGAUGUACCCCGUGUACGAGAUCUUCGAGGGGAGGCUGCUGCUCAACAAGUGGUUCCAGCGGAGCGUGGUGCCAUCGCCAAGGCUGCUGGCCGCGGUGACGGGCUCCAUCCGCGGGGUCGUGGUGGUGGUGGUGGCGCUCAUCGCGGUGGCCGUGCCCGGGUUUGGGACUUUCAUCUCGCUGGUGGGAAGCACCGUGUGUGCGCUCCUCGCGUUCGUGUUCCCGGCGCUCUUUCACGCGCGGGUGUGCGCGGAUGCGCCGGCGUGGUCGAGGGCCGUGGACGCGACGCUGGUGGUCUUUGGAGUCGUGUUUGCGGUGUACGGCACGUACCAGACAUGUACGAAUGCGUUCGUCAAGUAAGGCGUGGUCGUUUUUAUAAAAUAAGCUUGUAGGCAGAAGUUCAAAGAAGCACAAAUGACGUUCUAAUC